AUGAUUCUCCUCAUCCUGAUGCUGCUGCUAACGGCCCGUGAGGUCUGUGGGACGAUGAAGGUAAAGUGCCCCUUGAAUCUGAUCAGGGAUGACACUGAAGCUGUGAAUUAUUACAUGCCAGGAGACCACCUCAUUAGCGGCAUCGUGUCGCCCCAAAUGAGUUUCUUUGAACCACUCACGUUCUCCAAUCCUCCCUUAUUCAAGAUUUCUUUGGUGUCAUCUAUGAAGUACUGGCACAUCUGGUCCCUCCUGACUGCCAUUCACAAAGUCAACCAGAACCCCAAGCUCUUACCCAAUGUUAGCCUUGGCUACAACAUCUAUGACAAUCUCUUUGAUGGGAGAAUUACUUCCGAUGCCAUGAUAGACCUGCUGGCUGGUGGCAAAAGCAACAUUCCAAACUACAGUUGUGGGAGACAGAAUAAUUUGCUGGCUGUUCUUGAAGGGGCCAAUGCUGACAUCUCCAAGCAGAUUUCAGUUGUGUCUGGCAUCUACAAAAUUCCGCAGUUUCACCCUUUCUUAAGAGGAAUCCUGUUUACUAAUUCCUCCCUCGAUGUACAUUAUUUGGAUGAGAACGGGGAGCUGGAAGCUGACUUUGAGAUCAUCAGUUGGGUGCUGUUUCCCAAUAAGUCUCAUGGCAGAGUCACAAUUGGGAGUAUAGGAGGACAGGCAUCCCCAGACCUAAAAUUCACCAUUUACCCGGAAGCUGUUGUGUGGCCCUUGCAGUUUAACAAGACUGUGCCUCGUUCCAGGUGCACAGAGAGCUGUCGUCCCGGAUAUGCCAAGGAGAUUCUGGAAGGGAAGCCAGUUUGCUGCUAUGCUUGUGAUCCAUGUGCAGAAGGGACCAUCUCCAUUCAGGAAGAUGUGGACCAUUGCACCAAAUGUCCAGAAGAUCAGCAUCCAAACAAGGACCGAAAUCAAUGUGCCCCCAAGACUAUCACCUUUCUGGCCUACGAAGAAUAUUUGGGGAUCAUCCUGGGUUCCUUUGCCCUAUUCUUGUCCUUGACCACAGGUUGCACAUUAGGAAUCUUCAUUAAAUUCCUAGAAACUCCGAUAGUCAAAGCCAACAACCGGGACCUCUCCUACAUCCUCCUCGUCUCCCUCCUGCUCUCCUUUCUGUCCUCCUUCCUGUUCAUCGGCCAGCCAAGGAAAGCGACCUGCCUUCUCCGACAAACUGCCUUCAGUGUCAUCUUCUCAAUUGCCAUAUCUUCUGUGUUGGCAAAAACCAUCACUGUGGUGCUGGCCUUCCUGGCCACAAAGCCAGGGAACAGGGUAAGGAGAUGGCUGGGAAAGAGUCUGGGCAACUCCAUUGUCAUUUCCUGUUCCACUGUCCAAGUUGUCAUCUGCACCAUCUGGUUGGGGACCUCUUCUCCGUUCCCAGUGUCUGACAUGCACUCCCAGCCUGGAGAGAUCAUCCUGCAGUGCAAUGAAGGGUCUGUUGCGAUGUUUUACGUUGCUCUUGGCUACAUGGGCUUCCUGGCUUCCAUCUGUUUCACGGUGGCUUUCCUGGCCAGGAAGCUGCCCGGGUCCUUCAAUGAAGCCAAGCUGAUCACCUUCAGCAUGCUGGUCUUCUGCAGUGUUUGGGUGUCCUUUGUGCCCGUCUACGUGAGCACAAAGGGGAAAUACAUGGUUGCCGUGCAGGUCUUCUCCAUCUUGGCCUCCAGUGCUGGGCUCCUGGGCUGCAUCUUCAUUCCCAAAUGCUACAUUAUUGCACUGAGGCCUGAUCUGAACACAAAGGAGCAUCUCACCAAAAAAAGCUUAGGGUUCAGUCUGACCCAUAGCACUAGGGAUAGAGAAGCUCUGUAA